GGUGACCGACAAAUCAAUUGCUUUGGCCUUUGAGUGAUCGUUCACUCAUUAACCCUUUGCCAUUGCAAACCCAAGGUGCCCUCUGUCUCUCUCUCUCUCUCUCUCUUUUUGGACUUAUAAAACCCAACUCAUAAAGCAAAAAUUUUGUAGCCGUUUCUAUUUGCUCUCUUUCUCAAAGUUUCUGUCUUUAGAGCCUCUGGUUGCUUAUUCACUUUCUUGUGCCUACCAGAUAAUGUAAAGCCCAGGAAAGUUUUAACAAAGAGUUCUCUCUGCAAAUUUUGUACGACAAAUCCAAAAAGAGUUCUUCCCCUCCCCCUCUUUUUUGUUUUUUAAAGAAUGGCUUUGAGUAGGUUCUUGGGUCUGUUUCUUAUCCACAUUGCUCUGCUUUUGAGCUUGUGUUUUGCUGAAGAUCCGUUUGUUUUCUAUGAUUUGGAGGUCUCUUAUAUUACUGCUUCUCCUUUGGGUGUUCCCCAACAGGUUAUUGCUAUAAAUAACAAGUUUCCUGGCCCUACUAUCAAUGCAACCACCAACAACAAUGUCGUCGUCAAUGUUCGAAACAAAUUGGACGAGAGUUUACUCAUCCACUGGUCUGGGAUUCAACAGAGGCGUAGUUCAUGGCAGGAUGGGCUUCCUGGCACUAAUUGUCCAAUUCCUCCAAAGUGGAAUUGGACAUACCAAUUCCAGGUUAAGGACCAAAUUGGGAGUUUCUUCUACUUCCCAUCCCUGCACUUCCAGAAAGCAGCUGGUGGUUUUGGCGGCUUUAUUAUAAACAAUAGAGAUAUUAUUCCUAUACCUUUUGACACCCCUGAUGGGGAUAUUACCAUUUUGAUAGGUGAUUGGUACACACGCAACCAUACGGCUUUGAGAAAGGCACUUGAUGUUGGAAAAGAUCUAGGGAUGCCGGAUGGAGUUCUUAUUAAUGGCAAAGGCCCUUAUCGAUAUAAUGAUACCCUUGUACCUGAUGGCAUCGAUUAUGAAACAAUAAACGUCCACCCAGGGAAAACUUACCGCCUUCGAGUUCACAAUGUGGGAAUAUCAACCUCCUUGAACUUCAGGAUUCAGAGCCAUAAUUUGCUUCUUGCGGAGACUGAGGGAUCGUAUACAGUGCAGCAGAACUACACUAGCUUAGACAUACACGUAGGGCAGUCGUAUUCUUUUCUGCUAACCACAGAUCAGAAUGCAAGUACUGAUUACUAUAUUGUAGCAAGUGCCAGGUUUGUGAAUGAAUCACAGUGGAAACGAGUUACUGGUGUUGCCAUUUUGCGAUAUUCAAAUUCAAAAGGAAAGGCAGCUGGUCCCCUCCCUGAUCCACCACAGGAUGAAUAUGACAAAACCUUUUCAAUGAACCAAGCAAGAUCUAUCAGGUGGAAUGUAUCUGCCAGUGGUGCUCGCCCUAACCCGCAGGGAUCUUUUAGAUAUGGCUCAAUCAAUGUGACUGAAAUUUUUUUGUUGAGAAACAAGCCACCGGUGACUAUCGAUGGGAAAAGACGAACAACACUCAGUGGGAUAUCGUUUGUCAAUCCUGCUACACCAAUCCGGCUGGCUGACCAGUUCAAGGUUAAGGGAGUAUAUAAGCUUGAUUUUCCCAGCAGACCACUUACAGGGCCAACUAAAAUGGAAACAUCAGUAAUUAAUGGAACGUAUAGGGGAUUUAUGGAAGUCAUCCUACAGAACAAUGAGACCAAGGUGCAGAGCUAUCACAUGAGUGGAUAUGCAUUUUUCGUUGUUGGAAUGGAUUAUGGUGAGUGGUCAGAGAAUAGCAGGGGCACAUAUAACAAGUGGGAUGGCAUUGCCCGCACCACAACACAGGUUUAUCCUGGUGCAUGGACAGCAAUCUUGAUAUCACUUGACAAUGUUGGAGUCUGGAACCUUCGAACAGAAAACCUUGACUCAUGGUAUCUUGGCCAAGAAACAUAUGUCAGGGUUGUCAAUCCAGAGGCUACGAACAAAACUGAAUUGCCUAUGCCAGACAAUGCCCUCUAUUGUGGUGCCCUCAGCAAAUUGCAGAAGCCACAGGAUAUUUCUUUGGCAACAUCAAUCACAGGCAGUAGAUCGAAACUGUUCUUCACGGUGCUGAUGGUUGCCUCUGCACUACUCCUUUCCCGCUAGGUGUUUUCUUUUAGGGUGUCUUUGCUUGUCGGAACCCAGCUUCUCAAGUAACGUUUGUGGUUGUGUGUUUAGGUGUGCAAGUGUAGUCUUGUUGAUAUGAAUCUUGGGUGAUUUUGACAUUUUUUUUUUGUUCACAACGUUGUUAAUGCCCUCGGGGUUCCUUGUUUAAUUUAUUGGGAAUAGCAUUCUUUUAAUACCUAUAAUUAUGCACUGAUGGCAAUUCAUCAAUUUUCAAUACAAUUUACCCUCGAGUCUAGAUUUGUCUGUUCCUUCAUGCUUUUCUACAAACGACAUCUAUAUCUACCCGUUUCACAAACUUGUGCUUAAAUUCUUCUCUCCUACACACAUUUACAUAUAUGUAUGUAUGCAUGCAUGAAUGUAUGUUAUUGUAUAUGUUUGUGCAUGGGUGGGUGUAUGAGUUAUGAACUUGCACAUUUGAUUUCCCCUUUCCAAUGUGGUUGAUGGCUGUAGAAAUGCUGUGAGCAUUUGAGGUUUUGUAUGCAGGUCAACAGUGCCAUUUCAUACAGAGAACCAACCUAUGAUAAAAAUGUGUUGUAGAGAAAAUAAAUUACGACUGGUGUAGUAGUUGUAAGCACUACUACAUCAGUCAUAAUUUUUAAAUUCCACCCAAACGAAAAAGCUGUAGCAUUAUGUAUGCUUGAAUGAAUUUUAAUGAGAUCGGACAAGAAUGGUAACUCAACAAACGUGAUUUUUUAACUCGAGAGUGACACAAACCAGGGAAAAUAAAAGAUAAGCAGGAUCCAUUUUUAGGCCCAUCUGUGGUAGAACAUGACGAGUCUGGCUGUAAAUCAUGCUUCCUUCAGUGUGGUUUCUUUCCCUAGCUUUGCCUCUGUUAAGCCAGCUCGAUUUCUAAAAAGCUGGAUGUGGGAAAUUCUAGGGUAUGUUUGAGUUGAAAAGGCUGCAUUUUCACGCCAUUUCCAUUCUGCUUUGGAGGGAGGAACAACUUGCAAUGAAAUACCCCUUCGGCCUUCACAAAGCUACUAACAUUAUAACAAGUUUAACAAAGACUUACACGAAGAAAAAAUUUCUACUCGUG